AUGUUCCGUCAUUCCUCGUCGGCGCCUUCGUACGGCGACGCCUACAUGCAGGCGGCCCUGGCCGCCGUCCCCACCCAGAUCCCUCGCUCUGCCGCCGGGGGAUACUAUGACAGCGGCAAUGUUGUCAAUGGCGCGUUCCAUCCCUUCGCCGCCACCGCCGCCUCGUCUCCGCCGUCGUCCUACUCCUCGUCGUACUACAACAACAUCCAUAGGAGCAUCAGCGCGCACUCGCUCCCGCUCCCGCUCCACAUCCAGCUCGGCGACAACCUCGGCGGCGGCGGCGCAUUCUUCUCGUCCUCGUCCCCGUCCCCUCACCAGCAGCUGUCUUUGCCUCCCAUGUCCUCCUCCCCGUCCUCCUCCUGCGGCGAUCUGUACGAUUUCAGCAGCUCCGCAUGCACAGUCCGCCGCGUCUUCAGCACCGGCGAUCUCCAGGGGAUGAACGGGUCAUCGCCGGUGCCGUCGGGCGACGGCUGCGGCCAAGACGCCGGAGGAGGGCCGUUCUCGCAGAAGGUCGGGCGAUACAGCGCAGAAGAGAGGAAGGAGCGGGUGCAGCGAUAUCGCCUGAAACGGCACCAGCGAAACUUCACCAAAAAAAUCACCUACGCGUGCAGGAAGUCGCUGGCCGACAGCCGGCCGAGGGUGAAGGGCCGGUUCGCGAGGAACGGCGAGGCGGAGGCGGAGACCGACGACCGGGAGGCGUCCGACAACAGCUACGACUACUGCGGUUACAGCGAUCCCAGCAACCAGAGCACGGGGAACAGCCGCUACCACGGCCAGCAGCAUGUCAAGGACGACAGCGUCUGCAACGGCGCCGCCGCAGCAGCGUUCGCCGGAGCCGGUGACAAUGGCGACUGGUGGUGGCGGGCGCCGGGGGCAGAGGGGCAGCGGCAGGCCGGCUUCGACGUCGACGAGGAGCUCUGGGCCACCCUGGGCGACAUGCUGUCCGUGAACCUGGCCUCGUAG